AUGUCUACUGCCAUUUUCCAUAAAGAUUUUACUGAAACCCCGAAAGAACCUUUGACAGAAGAAACAUGGUUAAAAGUGGAGAAAAUGGGUCUUACGGAUGCGUACUCCAAGAGCAAGGCACUCGCUGAAAGGGCCGCAUGGGAUUUCGUUGAAAAACUUCCAGCUGAUUCGAAGUUCGAGCUGGCCGUGGUCAAUCCAUCCCUUGUCUUUGGGCCGGUGUUGUGUGGAGGCGCAGGUACCAGCGUAGAGAUCUUACGAGGCCUGAUGGAACGCAAUCAAAGCAUGAUUGCAAGGGUCAGCUUCCCGAUCUGUGACGUCCGUGAUGUCGCUAAGGCACACGUCAUCGCAAUGACACUACCCGAAGCAAAUGGUAAUCGUCAUAUUAUUGCUCCAUACACAAUGUGGUAUCAAGAGAUUUCUCAAGCACUGAGAGAAGAGUUCACUAAACAAGGAUAUAAUCCACCGACGAGAUUGGCUCCAUUCUUUAUGCUCAAAGUCCUUAGCUGGUUCGACUCUACCACGAAGAAGAUCGUUCAACUUCAUGGUCACUAUCUUAGGUUUUCCGACCAUAGACUUCGUCAAGUCCUCGGUAUCACACCAUACGACCCCAAGGCAUCGCUCGUUGACAUGGCAUAUUCGUGUAUCGAUCGUGGUUUCAUCGUCAAGAAGACUGGAUAUAAACCAAGAGACUAAAAAUGAUAAUUUGACAAAUUUGAGAUGCCACAUCGACUGCGGCAGUUUGCAGUACAAAUGGUAAAAUACUAACGACACAUUGUAUUCUUGAAAAAAAAGAAAGACACAAUCGACAAUAAAAAGCAUAAAGAUAAAAUAACCACGAGAAAACCUAGAACAGAAAAGACUAACUAAAAGCCUGAGACCAAUCACGUGACAGAAAAAUAAGUUCACCAUUUUACAUUUCGAAACUCUAAGACAGAUCAAACAAGCACAAAAAAAUUAUUAUCAAAGCGUCAUCAUUAUUGUAACGUAAUUAAAAAAGAAACCCACUUGAAUGUUUCCCCUUUUUUCGAAAGAAAAAAAAAAGAAAAAGAAAUCUUAAUAAAUGAUUGCAUCAUUUGAUAUGGAUCGAAUAAUGUAAAAUGAUAUAUCUUCCUUUCAAUAUUUGAAAAAUAGAUACAAAAAUGGAGAACAAGAAGAUAUAAUCUAAAAUAUCUAAUUAACAUAUAGCUCAACAAACCUUUAUAUAUUGUAUAAAUACCUGAUUAUCAUGAUUGAUCUAUUUUCUGAUGUGGUAUAUUUUGGGCAUUCUUCUUAUGCAAAUUCUUCUUAUACUGUAGCAUUUAUAUCGUAGAUUUUGGUAUUUCAAGCAGGAUAGAAAAGGAUGAUUAUUAUUUAAUUUUUAAUGCCAUGUUUAUAUGAACUUUAGAUGAGUCCAACUUCAAACUUAGGAAAAUUGUUAUUAUUAUUAUUAUGGUUAUUGUUAUAUUGUUAUUUAUUAUUAUUACUACUUUUUUACUAUUACUAUCAUCAUCAUAUUCAUCAUAUUUUUAUUGUUAUAUGUUAUUUCUAUUGUAAAUAUUAAUAUGAUGUUCUUAUAUUGAAUAAUAAACAGAAACAAACGAACUUAAUAUGCAAGAACAAUAUUUUUAAGGAUUGGUAAGUCAUCUACAUGUACAUGUAUAUUAAUUGCAAAUAAUGCGACAUGGCAUGCCAUAUUCCGUUGUAGGAUUUAUAAUAUAUCACGAAACUGUAUUAAAAAAAAACCUUUAUUCCGUUUGACUUGAACUUGGACUGAGGGGUAUUAUAACUUUUAUUAUAUAAUUUCAUUCGGAAAGUGAAUUAGUACACGACGUUAUUACAUAAAAAACUUCAUUAAAUAAGUUGCUACUAAUGACAAGACCAUCCUGGCAUAAAAUUUUUAUGUGAUGAGAUUUAGUAUGAUAUACACUAUUACAGAAAUGAAGGAUUUAGAUUACAAACUAAACGAAAUCCAAACAUCACACUAAUGUACAAUCAUAACCCUGUUUACACCCUAAAAAAUGCAACUUGUAUAUUUUUGGUGUUUGAUAUUUCACGUUAAGAAGGUUUAUAUUUUUACCUUGCUCAAAGAUUCCAUCUUUACCAAGUUCAGGGUGCGUAAUGUCAUUAAAGUGUCAUUGAUAUGCAUAAUAGCACGCAUUCGUAUCCAUUGGGGGUACUGCUACCAUACCAACGCCUUCAUGCUUUACACCUUUAUAUCUGAAUACGACAUGGAUGGUGUGCAUGGCAUGUGCUGACAUUCACUCAAAGAAGAGCUAAAGUAACUCGAAAACGAGUCACUUUGACUCGAAUCAGAGUCGGCUCCCAGCUGGUGCAAUUCUGAGUUGAAAUUGACUCCUCUGGAAUAAGAGUGUAGGCUCCUCGUAUGUUUCAUAUUUCGAUCCCUAUUUUUGUUUGCGGUAUUUAUAAAGUUACUUUGUAAAUAAUAGGCCUACCAUCGGUAUAUCGUGUUUCAAAUGCCCUUUCACCUCUUCCUCAGAGAAUUUUGUUUUACUUAUUUUCUUUAUUAUACAUACAAGUUAUAAACAUGAUCUGGGUCCGGUAACAAUAAGGUUAGCUCGCACGCUUGAUUUUUCACGAUUGAUUGUACAUUGUAGUCCACGUAAUCAAUAGAAAAAUGUUAUCAUUGCUAAGCGUUGAAUUGCGGGCCCCUGGUGUGUAAGACAAGAACAGUUUUUGUUCUUUGAUUUAUGCUUGAUUUUGUCUCUAAUUGUUUUAAUCACUCAUAAUUGUUUGUAUAGACAUGAUUUUGCUGAUUCGAUAAAAACAUUUAAACCCCCACCGGUAAUCGAAAAAAGUAAGGUCACAACCUGAUUCAAUACAAUAUCUGUUGAUAAAAUGAUUUAGAGGUCGCGCAAGCAGGUGAACCGAUAAACCAAUGUGUUAUUAUAUGUCCAUCAGAAGGAAUUUAACAACUUAAUGAUGAGAAAAGAAGGAUUAGCUGAGUUCAAAUGUAAUUCUAGUUAUAUUUGACUAUUGCUUAUACACUGUCAAAAAUAUUGAUUUAUUGAUUACAAUUUACCAGAAUUUUGAUUGAUAUUGACUAUCUUUAUUAGCCGGAUACAUAUUUACCACAUGGUCAAAAUUAACUAAUUAAUUGAUUACAAUCUACCAGAAUUUCGAUUGAUAUUGACUAUUUUUAUUGGUAGGACACAUACUUACCAACAAAAGGGUUACUUUGUCUAAUCAUUUUUAAGAAUGUAGUUAGUAAUAUCUGACAAACAGAUAGUAAAGAAAAAAUGUAACUUGACAUGAGUCACAAGUAUAAUGUUUUUAUUUUAAUCGCUCCGACAACUAUAACAUUAUUGAUUUGUAGCACUUUGUAUUCAAUUUCCAUCUGAAAUUAAUUGACGAUUUAAUUCAUCUUUACUUGUGUGGAAUACGCGCAUGGUACCAACAAAUUGUUAGAACUAUAUGUCUAAUAAAAAUUGUGGAAAUUA